AGAGCCUGAGAGCUGAGGGGCGGCGCGGAGCUAGCGUAGCGCUGCGGUGCUUCGUCAGUACAGCGGCUGAGAGUGAAGCAGUCCCGGCUAGCUCGGCUGCUCGCCUGCCCGCCCGCCCGCCGGUCGGCGCUGCAGCUCGCUUCCCGUCCGUCCUGUCGCCGACCUCGGAGGCGGCCCCGGUGGCGGCGGGACGCAGCGGCGCGGGGCUCCCCCUGGCCCGCCCUCCCUCAGGAGGCUCCCGAUGGCGUCUUCGGUGGGCAACGUGGCCGACAGCACAGGGUUAGCUGAGUUGGCUCAUCGUGAAUAUCAGGCAGGAGAUUUUGAAGCAGCUGAGAGACACUGCAUGCAGCUGUGGAGACAAGAGCCAGAUAAUACGGGUGUGCUUUUAUUACUCUCAUCUAUACACUUCCAAUGUCGCAGACUGGACAGGUCUGCUCAUUUUAGCACUUUGGCCAUUAAGCAGAAUCCACUUCUGGCAGAAGCCUAUUCCAAUUUGGGAAACGUGUACAAGGAGCGUGGACAGUUGCAGGAAGCUAUUGAGCAUUACCGACAUGCACUGCGCCUCAAACCCGAUUUCAUCGAUGGCUAUAUUAACCUGGCAGCCGCUUUGGUUGCAGCAGGAGACAUGGAAGGGGCAGUGCAAGCUUAUGUGUCUGCCCUUCAGUACAAUCCUGAUUUGUACUGUGUUCGCAGUGACCUGGGGAACCUGCUCAAAGCCCUGGGUCGCUUGGAAGAAGCCAAGGCAUGUUACUUGAAAGCAAUUGAGACGCAACCAAACUUUGCUGUAGCUUGGAGUAAUCUUGGCUGUGUUUUUAAUGCCCAAGGAGAGAUUUGGCUCGCAAUUCAUCAUUUUGAAAAGGCCGUGACCCUUGAUCCCAAUUUUCUUGAUGCCUACAUCAAUUUGGGAAAUGUCCUAAAGGAGGCACGUAUAUUUGACAGAGCUGUAGCAGCUUACCUUCGAGCCCUGAGCCUGAGUCCUAAUCAUGCAGUGGUGCAUGGCAACUUGGCGUGUGUAUACUAUGAACAAGGCCUCAUAGACCUUGCAAUAGACACCUACAGGCGUGCUAUUGAGCUACAACCUCAUUUUCCAGAUGCUUACUGCAACCUAGCCAAUGCUUUGAAAGAGAAGGGCAGUGUUGCUGAGGCAGAGGAUUGUUAUAAUACAGCUCUCCGGCUUUGUCCCACCCAUGCAGACUCUCUAAAUAACUUGGCCAACAUUAAACGAGAACAGGGGAACAUUGAAGAAGCAGUCCGCCUGUAUCGUAAAGCGCUUGAAGUGUUCCCUGAAUUUGCUGCUGCCCAUUCAAAUUUAGCCAGUGUAUUACAACAACAGGGAAAAUUGCAGGAAGCCCUGAUGCAUUAUAAGGAAGCGAUUAGGAUCAGCCCUACCUUUGCCGAUGCUUAUUCCAACAUGGGAAACACUUUGAAGGAGAUGCAGGACGUUCAGGGGGCCUUGCAGUGUUACACCCGAGCCAUCCAGAUUAACCCAGCUUUUGCAGAUGCACACAGCAAUUUGGCUUCCAUUCACAAGGAUUCAGGUAACAUUCCAGAAGCGAUCGCUUCUUACCGAACUGCUCUGAAACUAAAGCCCGACUUUCCUGAUGCUUACUGUAACUUGGCCCAUUGCCUGCAGAUUGUUUGUGAUUGGACUGACUAUGAUGAACGGAUGAAGAAAUUAGUUAGCAUUGUAGCUGAUCAGCUGGAGAAGAACAGGUUACCUUCUGUGCAUCCUCAUCACAGCAUGCUAUAUCCUCUUUCUCAUGGAUUUAGGAAGGCUAUUGCUGAGAGACAUGGAAACCUCUGCUUGGAUAAGAUAAAUGUCCUUCACAAGCCACCGUAUGAACAUCCAAAAGAUUUGAAAGUCAGUGAGGGUCGACUUCGUGUAGGAUAUGUGAGUUCUGACUUUGGAAAUCAUCCGACUUCCCAUCUCAUGCAAUCUAUUCCCGGGAUGCAUAACUCCGAUAAAUUUGAGGUGUUCUGUUAUGCCCUCAGCCCAGAUGAUGGCACAAACUUUCGUGUGAAAGUGAUGGCAGAAGCAAACCAUUUCAUCGACCUUUCUCAGAUUCCGUGUAAUGGAAAAGCGGCAGAUAGAAUACAUCAGGAUGGGAUCCACAUCCUUGUGAAUAUGAAUGGCUAUACCAAGGGUGCACGCAAUGAACUCUUUGCUCUGCGGCCAGCUCCCAUUCAGGCAAUGUGGCUGGGAUACCCUGGGACUAGUGGUGCACUUUUCAUGGACUAUAUUAUCACAGAUCAGGAAACUUCUCCAGCAGAGGUUGCUGAGCAGUACUCAGAGAAAUUGGCUUAUAUGCCCAACACUUUCUUUAUUGGUGAUCAUGCCAACAUGUUUCCUCACUUGAAGAAAAAAGCUGUCAUUGAUUUCAAAUCCAACGGACACAUUUACGACAACCGGAUUGUCCUGAAUGGCAUCGAUCUCAAGGCCUUUCUAGAUAGUCUCCCCGAUGUCAAGAUUGUUAAGAUGAAGUGCCCUGAUGCAGGAGACAACGCAGACAGCAACGCAGCUCUCAGUAUGCCCGUUAUUCCCAUGAAUACUAUUGCGGAAGCUGUGAUUGAAAUGAUUAACAGAGGACAGAUUCAAAUAACAAUCAACGGAUUCAAUAUUAGCAACGGACUAGCGACCACUCAGAUAAACAACAAAGCUGCAACAGGAGAAGAGGUUCCCCGGACCAUUAUUGUUACCACUCGUUCUCAGUAUGGCUUACCAGAGGAUGCCAUUGUGUACUGUAAUUUUAACCAGCUGUAUAAAAUCGACCCUUCCACCCUGCAGAUGUGGGCUAAUAUUCUGAAGCGGGUUCCCAACAGUGUGCUGUGGCUCUUGCGUUUCCCAGCUGUAGGAGAACCCAAUAUUCAGCAGUAUGCCCAGAACAUGGGCCUUCCCCAGAAUCGGAUCAUCUUUUCUCCAGUUGCUCCAAAGGAGGAGCAUGUGAGGCGAGGUCAGCUAGCUGAUGUCUGCCUAGAUACCCCGCUCUGCAACGGGCACACCACUGGCAUGGACGUGCUGUGGGCAGGAACCCCCAUGGUGACUAUGCCAGGAGAGACUCUCGCUUCCCGGGUUGCUGCCUCUCAGCUCACUUGCCUCGGUUGCCUUGAGCUUAUUGCAAAAAAUAGGCAAGAGUAUGAAGAUAUUGCUGUGAAACUGGGGACUGAUCUAGAAUACCUGAAGAAAAUCCGUGGCAAAGUCUGGAAGCAGAGAAUAUCCAGCCCUCUUUUCAACACCAAACAGUACACAAUGGAACUAGAACGCCUUUAUCUUCAAAUGUGGGAUCACUAUGCAGCUGGGAACAAACCAGACCACAUGAUUAAGCCGGUUGAGGCCACAGAGUCGGCAUAAAAGAUUCAGUACAUAUAGGAGAAUUAUCCCAAGGCAUGAGCCUCUCAAGCCUCUGUUGCAAAGGAAAAGGGAACUAGAGACCCCUACCUACAUUUCUACAUAUCUGCUCAAUACCAUGUGACGUACACAAUGGUAAUAAAAUAGCACAGCAAGCCUACUUCCUGCACAAUAGGGAGAGACAGUAAAGAUGGGAAACUGCUAUUCCACAAGGAAUCUGCAUACAGUUGAGCAGUGCCCACAGGUGCUGUGUAGGUAUGGAAGACGUGAUUGAAUUGGAAUGCUUGGUGUAGGGGAGAGAGAUUUGCCCAGCCACUUGCAAUUCUAUGGAUUGAUUGAGUCUUCUAUGAAUUAUUUUUUCCUUCUUAUAUUGGGAAUUGGAGCUUUUAAAAAUGUUUAAUUUCAGGUAUUCCCAUUGGCGUGUGUGGUUCUCUUCCAGGAUUAAGUUUCCAGCUAAACUUUUCCAGCUAAAUAUUUCCAGCUAAAAUGUUCUUUACUCCAUGACCUUUCAGCUUUUGAGCCACAGAUUAAAAGGGCAUCUUUGCUGGUAUAGGCUUUUUAUAGGUUUUAUAAACCGCUUGAGUCUAUGUCAGCCUUGUAGUGUCUGACCUGUUGAUUGGAGCUGUUUGUGCUGUUGGUUUUGAUGAUGACUUUUUGUUCUGUAUUUUUGUUUUGUCCCUCUUCCCCUUUCCCUCUCCUCCCCAGUCAGUCUUCCACUACUUCUUGGUUUUUGUUAGAAAAAAAAAAAAAAAAGAAAAAAAAAAAAAAGAAAAAGAAAAAGAAAAAAAAAAGGAAAAGGAAAAAGAAUAACAAAACAAAACAAAAAAAACAAAACAAAAAAAAAACAAAACAAAAAAAAAAAAAACAAAAAAAAAACCAAAACAAACAAACAAAAAAAACCACAACCCUUCCUGAGAAUCAUUUAAUUGGCUUCUUUGGCAAGAAAACCAGACUUAGGAUUUCACACAUAUUCUCAAAGUGGUGUUUACUUUAAACACACUGGUGCCAAAUGCCAGUUUUUAAAAAAAUGAUUAUUAAUUAUGUAAAGACAGUCAUGGUACUGUUUCACAGAAUAAAUCAUUUUUGUUUUCUAAGUUUUGCCCCCCCUUUCCCAGCAUUUACUGUUGUCGGAAAGUUAUAGUGUGCGCAACAUUUUGGCUCCAUUUUGAUGGUUUAGAUUUUUCUUGAAAUUUUCCUUGUUCUUCCUAUUUCUUUUAGCAGAAAUGAAAGCCCAGGUAAGUAUUCAGUCAUUUCAUUCAAUAAGUCAUGAUUGCCUCCAAUACAUUCAAUCAGUUUCAUUCAGAAAUAGUGUCGUGCCAGAAGCUCUGCAGGGCCACUGCAGAUGACCUUUCAAGGCAUUGCACAAAAUGGUCUUUCCAUCCGAACCUUCAAGUAUGUGAUGUACAGAUUUUGCCUCAAUAGUGGCUUGACUGCAUUGCUACUUGAAUUAUGUUUCAGACCUCAGCACUGCUAGUGCUGGAGUGUCUUCUGGGAAACUACAGGAAUAGAAAUAUUCCCGAAUUUCAACAAAGGGCUUGAAGUUGAAAAUAAGCCAACAUACGAGUGUAUAUCAUGUCUAGCUGUUCUGUUUUUAAUGCUACUCGGUAAGAAGUAAGUAUUUGUCUGCUAGCGGUGCUGCUUGUAGGUGACCAAUGGUGGCCAAGGCCCAGGGUUUGCUUCACCUAUUCUGUAGCAGCUCGUGCUUUGACUGGCUCCUAGCUGACAAAUUCUUGAUUAAAUCACUGUCAGACACUUUGAGGUUCUGACAGAAUCUGAACGGGAACCCUCAGAAUUCUGAAGCCAGAAUUUCUUAGGCAUGAACUGCUCCUUUUAGCAGUUUGGGAACUCCUUAAUUUAUUUUUCACCUUUUCCAAUCAUUAAAGGAUGUCAGGACAUUUCCAUGAAUGAUGUUUUCAGUUCACAGAUUGCCGAAAAUGGAUUAGAAUCAAAACUGUCCCUUUCUGAUGCCCUGGAGGCUGUGAGCUCCAGCCAUUUCACAUAGCACAUCACUCCUGCAUUGGAGGAAUGUUUUUCCUGGUGUGGAAAGUAUCUGCUGUGGUUGAAGCUUUGCUUAAAUGUAACAAAAGAGGUUUUGUUUCCAGGUAACGGGUCUGAGGAAGACUUAAUUCUGAAUAGAAACAUAGAUAUUACUGGAAACUAAUUUGUCUUUUCUAUUGUAUUCCGCUUUAUCAAAAACAGUAAAAUAUUUAAAUUGUGCUACAGAAAUUCAAAUAUUGUCUUGCAGUCUUUAAACAAUAAACAGAAACAUUUUCCUCUGAACUUAAAAAAA